UGAUAGAAGCAUUUGAAAUGAAAUGCAGCGUCUCUACUUGGUUAGAUCUCGUACGCAGUUCCACAGCCAAAAGAGAGAAGAAGAAGAAGACGAAGAAGAAGUCCAGCGCAAUUGAAGCCCUAGUUUAAUCCACAAUUGCCAUCAAGAUCGAGUACAUCUGUAUUUCCUUUCUAUAAUUUCAGGGAGUAGAUUAAGCGGUUUCAUAAAAUGCAGCGCGCUCCACCUACAAUUGAGGAACAGUUGAUAUUGAAAGCAAUCAAGGAAGAAUGCCCGUGGGAGAGUCUCCCCAAACGACUUCAAGCAACGCUGUCUUCUAAAGAGGAAUGGCAUAGAAGGAUUAUUGAACAUUGCAUAAAGAAAAGACUCCAAUGGAACACUUGUUUUGUUCGCAAAGUAUGCAGAGAAAGUGAAUAUUAUGAAGAUAUGAUGCGUUACUUGCGAAAGAAUCUAGCGCUAUUUCCCUAUCACCUCGCGGAGUAUGUUUGCCGUGUAAUGAGGAUUUCACCUUUCAGAUAUUACUGUGAUAUGAUAUUCGAGGUUAUGAAAAAUGAGCAACCUUAUGACAGCAUCCCAAAUUUCAGUGCUGCUGAUGCUUUGCGGCUUACAGGAAUAGGGAGAAAUGAAUUCAUUGAUAUCAUGAACAAGUGCAGAUCUAAGAAAAUUAUGUGGAAGCUGAACAAGUCAAUUGCAAAAGAACUGUUACCGACACAGCCUGUAGAUUUCAUAAUUGAACCAUGGUGGGGAGUUUGUCUUGUGAACUUUACUCUAGAAGAAUUCAAGAAACUCUCAGAAGAAGAAACGGCAACCAUUGAUAAAGUCUGUAAGGAGGAAGGAAAUUCAUUUAUUUUGUUCGAUCCUGACAUUGUAAAGGGUCUCUAUAAACGGGGUUUGACCUACUUCGAUGUCCCCGUUUAUCCUGAUGACCGUUUUAAAGUUUCCAGGCUUGAAGGGUUUGUUUCCAACAGGGAGCAGUCCUAUGAAGAUCCUAUUGAGGAGUUACUGUAUGCAGUUUUUGUUGUUUCAAGUGAGAAUGCGACUGUUGCUGAAUUGGCAGCAACGCUACAGGCUGACCUUUUGCAGCUGCAGGCUGCUGCAUCUUUUGCAUGUCGAUUGGGAUGGGCAGUAAAAGUAAUUGAUCCAGCAUCAAUUCUUCAAGAUGCAAGCAUACCUGGCUCUCCUAGAACCACUCUUAGUGAUGAAGAUGCUUCUCGUGCUAUUCUAAGCUCAGCAAACAUGUUCAUUGAUGGUGAUGCUGCUCAACAAGGAGAUGUUUCAGGGACAGAAAACUACGGGCCCAGUUCUUCCCAUACUCGUGUUGCUUUUGUAGUUGAUGCUAAUAUAACAUCCUAUCUUAUGAUGGGGUCUGUUUCACCAGGCUUAAAGUCCCAUGCUGUAACGCUAUAUGAAGUGGGAAAGUUGGGUCAUGCUAGCAUUGCUGAUCUUUGCAAGGAUCUGAGUACAUUAGAGGGAACAAAAUUUGAGGGAGAAUUGCAGGAAUUUGCAAAUCAUGCGUUCAGCCUCCGUUGUGUUUUGGAAUGUCUACAAUCUGGAGGAGUUGCUACUGAUGUCAAAGCAGAAGAAGUUUGCAAUAAGAUGGGUAUGUAUGCUUCAAGCAAUGAUGAGGCCACUUUGAUAGCUGACAUCACUUUGACGGACAAACCAGGAAAUUCUGAUAUAAAAGAACCUUGGCUGGAUAAAGAUGAAUCGGCUAGUUCUGGGAUGCAUCUUGAGGGUUCUGUUUUGACUGAAUCUGCUUGUGGAAGUAAUGGUGAUGAAAUAUUUUCUGCUAUUUCAUCAGAAGACAAGAAUUGCUCAAGCGACGUAUCUGAAUCAGAUUCAAAUUUGCAGAAUGAUGAGAAACCGAUUCUGGUUGAAGGGUCAAACACUGGAAGAGAUCCAUUGAGGAGGAGAAAAAAAUAUCGUGUGGAUAUUCUGCGCUGUGAAAGCUUGGCUUCUCUUGCACCAGCUACUUUAGACAGGUUGUUUCAUCGUGACUAUGACAUUGUUGUGUCCAUGGUUCCUCUUCCUCCCUCAUCAAUUCUUCCUGGACCAACCGGUCCCAUAAAUUUUGGUCCUCCCUCUUAUUCAUCAAUGACACCAUGGAUGAAAUUGGUACUAUAUUCAACCGUGGCAAGUGGGCCUCUAUCAGUUGUUCUCAUGAAAGGACAAUGUCUCCGCUUGCUUCCUGCACCAUUGGCUGGUUGUGAGAAAGCGCUUAUAUGGUCUUGGGAUGGUUCUACCAUUGGAGGACUGGGAGGGAAGUUUGAAGGAAGUUUAGUCAAAGGAAGUAUACUUUUACAUUGUUUAAAUUCACUUCUUAAAUACUCAGCUGUGCUAGUGCAGCCUCUCAGCAGGUAUGAUCUUGAUAAAUCUGGAAGAAUCAUGACUAUGGACAUUCCGUUGCCUAUAAAGAAUUCUGAUGGUUCAAUUGCUCGUAUAGGGAAGGAAUUGGGACUGUGUGAAGAGGAAAGUUUGAAACUUAACUCUCUGUUAACUGAUUUGGCAAACAAGAUAGAGUUGUGGACAGUUGGUUACAUUCGCCUAUUAAAACUUUUUAAAGAAAGAGAAUCAGACCGCUUUUCUGCUGAUGAUGAAAAGUAUGAAUGGGUCCCAUUGAGUGUAGAAUUUGGGAUGCCACUUUUUAGUCCAAAAUUGUGUAACAACAUAUGUAAAAGGGUGGUAUCAUCGCAAUUACUUCAAACAGAUUCACUUAGUGAGCAUCAUGAAGCAAUGCAAAGUUUGAGAAAAAAGUUACGUGAUGUUUGUGCAGAGUACCAAGCAUUAGGUCCUGCUGCAAAACUUCUUUACCAGAAAGAGCAAUCAAAGGACUCAUCUCGGCAACUCAUGAACUAUGCCAGUGGAAGAUGGAAUCCGCUUGUUGACCCUUCUUCUCCCAUUUCUGGAGCCUUGAGUGGGCAUCAGAGACUAAAACUUGCUAAUCGGCAUCGUUGCCGGACUGAAGUUUUGAGCUUUGAUGGUAGCAUUCUUAGAUCAUAUGCGCUAACUCCUGUCUAUGAGGCUGUGACAAGGCCCAUUGAAGAAGCCCCUCCUGCGAGUUCAGUAAAAGUUGAACCAGAUGAAGCGAAUAGCAGAGAAGUAAUCCUUCCUGGUGUUAAUCUUCUUUUUGACGGUUCUGAGUUGCACCCCUUCGAUAUAGGUGCCUGUAUGCAGGCUCGUCAACCUGUCUCCUUAAUAGCAGAGGCUGCCGUGGCCUCUGCAUAUGCUCCUCCAAAAUAGGGCUUCUUAUGCUGCAAUCUUGCUCUGGUAAUUAGAAGAAUUUGUUCCAAUGCUAGCAAUUAGCGAUUAUCAUGUCCAUGGUCAUUGAGUACAGGCUUCCACCAGGGUCCAAGGUGGCUUUUUCCAUUCAACACUUCGCCAAAAUCAUGGUACUUCAGGUUACUAUGUACAGUAGGAGAAAGUUAUGGUUUGUCAAUAGAUCUUUCCGAAAUUGGGACAUGGUGCCAGUGUUGCUGCUAUAUGGUUCAUUCAUUUAUAGCUCAAUUUUCAAUAAUAAAUUCUCCCUACCUCAAGCUGCAUUUAGCUUUUUGAUUUGAUAUUUUAUGGUGGUUCACAAUUGUAGAGGAAAAAGUUCUGUAUGAUGCGGUAAAAACUAUCAACAGGUCGUGAUUAUUUUGGAGAAAGCAUAGUGUACUUCAAAUCGU